CAACAACAAUAACACGCGCACCAUGAGGAGCUUGGCCCCGACAACGGUCCAGGUGGCCUCUAUCAACCUCACGAGCGCGGCCGCGAGCGCCGGGCAGCUCGCCGUCGACCCCGAGAGCGGCACGGUCUACGCCACCAUCGAGAAGGCGACCGAGGAGGGUCUCGAGGUGGACAUUGUCCGGAUCGAGGGGCUCGAGGAAGGCGCCGAGUUCUCAGAGGUCAUUGGCUCGUUCACCACCCCCGUCACUGCGCCGUUCCCCCUCGCGCCCGACGUGCCGCAGGUGCUCGACCUCCACUUCUUCCCGGACGACCGGUCGCUCAUCGUCAUUCUGGCUGGAGGCGACAUUGCGACGCUGCAGAUUGAGAGCAUUGACGGAGGGAUUGGUCCUGCUGAGGUCGUCGGCAGCAUCGACUCUGGUGUCAAGGCCGCCGCAUGGUCCCCCGACGACGAGCAGCUUGUCCUAGUCACGGGCGAGGACAACCUCGUGUGCAUGACCCGCACCUUUGACACCAUCUACGAGGGCCCUCUGCGCAGCGACGAGUUUGGCGAAGACAAGUUCAUCAACGUCGGCUGGGGAUCCAAGUCGACGCAGUUCCAUGGCUCCCUUGGCAAGGCCGCAGCGCUGGCAGCCAAGGCGCCGGCUCCGGCGGCCCCCACUUCCUUCUCGCAUACCACCGACGAUGGGCUUCCCCGUAUCACAUUCCGCGGCGACGCAUCGUUCUUUGCUGUAUCGUCGCUCGAUGCCUACGGCAGCGGGGUGGACGGCGCUCGUCGGCAGGUCCGCAUCUACUCGCGCGAGGCAAGCGAGGGGUUCACCCCAAAGCUCUCUGCCACAUCCGAGUCAAUACCCGGCCUCGAGCCGGCCCUGGCGUGGCGCCCGAGCGGCAACGUGAUUGCCUCGCUGGUGCGGUACGGAUACCAGGGUGGCGGUGAGGGCCGCCGCGGGCGCUGGGAUGUCGCCAUGCUCGAGCGCAAUGGCCUGCGGCAUGGCGGCUUUGAGCUGCGCGAGGCCGAGGCGACGUGGGAGCACGGACGGGUCAAGAACGUCUCGUGGAACUCGGACUCGGAGGUCCUUGCCGUGUGGAUCCAGCGCGAGGAGGAGGAUGUCGUCCAACUUUGGACGAUGAACAACUACCACUACUACCUCAAGCAGGAGAUCGUCCCUCACUGGAAGGGCGAUCGUCGCUUCACCAGCGUCAAGUGGCAUCCUGAGAACCCUAUGGCGCUGUAUCUUGUUGACAAGGACCAUGUGCAGGUCCGGACUUUUGUGUGGGACACCUACGCCUCGCGCCUGCCGAUGCCCAUCGACACUGGAUCCGUGGCGGUUGUGGACGGAAAACGCCUCCUCGUCACUCCCUUCCGGACCCAAAAUGUUCCCCCACCGAUGUCGUCGUUCCAACUGAGCCUCCCAUCUCAGCCAGUUCACGUCAGCGUGUCGCCCAGCGACGACUCUUUGGCGGUGCUAUACGCGUCGGGCCUUGUGCAGGUGUGGGACCUCAACGUCCGCCUUCCAGAGGCCGGCACAUCACGCCUCCGCCACGGAGGCAAGGUCGCCGAGCCCAAGCUCCGGUGGGAGCAGUCUCUCGCGCCGACCGACGGCGAGUUUAUCGCCAAGCGCGUGUGUCUCAGCGGCACGGGGCAAGUUGCGGCGCUGUUCUUCGGUGACGGCGAGGGCGGCGCGCUGCUCCGUACGGCCGACGCCAAUGAGGUCCUCUCGACGUCCAAGAUGCUGCCAUGCGUCGAGCAUAUCCUGUGGGAGGCUGAGGCUGGGUGGCUCGUUGUGGAGAGGGAGGGAGUUCUGCGUUCUGUCGAUGAGUCCUCCUCCAUCCUGGUACACCUGUGCUCGUCAAUCCUCACCGUGUCGGUGUCUGCCGAGUCGCGCCUCGUCUUUGCGCUGUCGCAGUCCGGCAAGCUGCACGCUGCGAGCCUUGGGCAGCGUGACGCCACGUCACUUGCGUCGGCCGUCACGUCGUUCACCACGACGCCCGAGUUCCUUGUCUACACGACGUCGUCCCAGAGCUCGACGUACGCGCCGCUCUCAUCCGUCGCACGCAUUGUCGCCGGCGAGGAGGCGGUCGCCAUCAAGGACGCCGAGUGGGAGACGCGCCGCGUGGAGCGUGGAUCCCUCGCUGUCGUCGCUUGCCCGAGCUCGAUGAGCCUCGUCCUCCAGAUGCCGCGUGGCAACUUGGAGACAAUCUACCCCCGGCCCCUUGUCCUCGCUGUUGUUCGCCAGGAUAUCUUGUCGGGUGCGUACCGCUCCGCCUUCCUCACCUGCCGCAAGCACCGCCUCGACCUCAACAUCCUGUACGACCUCGCGCCGGCCAAGUUUGCCGCAUCCAUUGAGGACUUUGCGGCGCAGAUCCCCGAGGUUGACUACCUCAACCUCUUUGUGUCCCAACUCAACUCGAAUGACUCGUCGCUCGUGCUCUACCCCGACCUUGGGCGGGAUCCUACCAGGCCUGCGGUCCCAGCGGACAAGGUCAACUCAAUCUGCGACUCGCUUCGCGAGAUCUUGGAGAAGAAGGACCUCGUCAAGUACGUCGAGACCAUCCUCACUGCACACGUCUGUAAGGUGCCCCCAGACUACGAGGCUGGUCUCAAUGUCCUUCUCCAUCUGCAGGCCGAGCACCCGAGCAUUGUCGAGGAGUCGAUCAAGUACAUCAUCUUCCUGUCCAACGUCAAUCGCCUCUACGACGUUGCCCUAGGCAUGUACAACUUCCAGCUCGUGCUCAUGAUUGCCCAGUAUUCGCAAAAGGACCCCAAGGAGUACCUCCCCUUCCUGCGCGAGCUGCGAGCGCUCGAAACAAACGAGCAGCGCUUCAGAAUAGACGACCACCUUGGCCGGAGGGAGAGCGCGCUUCGCAACCUCAAGGCGGCGGGCCCCUCGCGGUUCGAGGACGCCGCGUCGUACCUGUCCCGAUACGAGCUCUACGACGAGGCGUUCAAGCUUUACAAGGACGACCCCGAGCACCUGCUUGUCAUCUACGACCUUUACGGCACGUACCUGUACGACCGACGCGACUUUUAUGACGCGGCGAUUGCGUACACGUUUGCUGGGAAGCCUGACAGGGCUCUCAAGGCGUUUGAGAAGGCGCACGCUUGGAGGGAGCUGUUCACUCUCGCCGAGAAGCAGCUGGACAAGGACGGCAUUGCGUCGCUUGUGGAGCGAGUGACUGAGUACCUUGUGUCUCGUGGAAGGCAUAUCGAGGCGUCCCAGAUCUACAUGGAGUACGAAGGCGAUGUCGACGCCGCGGUCGACGUCCUCGCCCGUGGGGCUGAGUUUGCCGAGGCAUACCGCCUGUCGGCACGCCACUCUCGCGAUGAGCUCGUCGAGCGUGUGAUUCAUCCAGCACUGGACGACGCGCACGAGGAGCUUUCCGAGGUGUUUCAGGAAAUCGAGGGCCAGUUGGACAAGGAGAUGAAACGACUGGCAUUCCUCAAGAAGCUCCGUCUCGAGGAUCCUGACACCUUCUAUAUUGUGGACAAUGAGCCAGAACUAGAGAACGUUGACGUGGCCACCAACGCAACGACAGUGGCUACCAACUUUACGCGGUACACCGUGGCGCCCACGACAGCGUUCUCACAGUCGACUCGCAUGACAGGACAAACUGCGAAGUCGAAGCACCGACCCAGUAAAAAACGCGCAGCGGGGCGCAAAGGAACUGUCGAUGAGUACGACUAUCUGGUGGCGAGUCUUGGUCGUCUCGUGACCCGCGUCGACGAGAAGAGUGCGGAGGCCGUGCCCUUGUUGCGCCAGCUAGCGUUGGCAUCAGCAGACCACCGCACACUUGCGCACGACCUUCAAGCCAGCAUUGUUGCAAUCCGCAAACGCCUCGAGUCGUCCCUCGACGACGCCUGGGCCGACCGGCCAGCUAUUCUGGACGGCGUGGAGAGCUCGGGCGGCAUGGGUUUGGGUGGGGAUGUUGGUCCCGCGCGCGCACUGGUUCGUCCCAGUGUGGGCGCAUGGGUUGGUUUGGGGCGUCUGGUGUGAGUGGUUGUCACCUGCUCUUACGUGGAGCGGCCUGGAGUGUGGUGCGAGAGGGAGGGGCUGUGUAGUGG